GUAAAGUCGCCAAACUGAAAUGAACGAAUAAUUUUGAGGAAAGGUAAAAGGAGAAAGGGAGAAAGAGAGAGAACUCAAAGAUGGUGGGUUGCUUCGCUUGCUUCGAUGGUGGAAGUAAGCAACGGAGACGAGAAGAAGAACGCCUCGCCUCCGAACAAGCUCGAGCGAAAGCCGCUGAAGCUGCCCAAAAAAGGCAAGAGCAAUUUGAACAAUCGGCAGCAGGAAGGGCCGCAAAAGCCCAGCUUGCGGCUGCUGCAAAACAUAAUGCAAACACCAAUAAGGGCGAACCAGUUCUUAAGGCGUUGGAAUUAUCCUAUGGCAGGUUGGAUGAGGCUCUCGGUUGGCGGACUUUGAUUGCAUGCGGUAACAAUGUGGAAUUUUUAUUUUUCUUUUUCUAUGUUAUGAACCAUCUUCUUGUCAAUGGAUGUUUUGGUGGUAUGAUUGCGAAAUCCCAUUAGAAAAAUUUAGACAAGAAUAUAUCUUAUGUUCAUGUUGUCAUUGUAACUUGUUAAGAGUCCUUUUUACAGAAGUACGAAGUCUGCGGUUAUCUUCUUUGAGGAAGAUAUUCUACUUGAUGAUGUGUAUUUAUGUGUUUUAACUUGUGGUCUGAAGCCUCAGUCGACUCCUGAUUGCACGAAUAAUGGCUUAUUCAAUAUUUGUGUUUAUGUGUAAACUGGUUUUUACAAAUGGUCAUUCUUACAUAGAUGAUUGUUUCCACACUGCAGGGCGGUAGACUACUAUGGUUGGCUGUUGGUGUAUUUAUAUAUCUGGAGUGACCAUCCUUAACCAAAGAUUCUCGUGAUUAAUUCUGUACAGAUCUGAAUAAUCUUCGUAUUCUGUUUUUUUCUAUGACUCAAUGAGGUGUCAUUUGUAUGGAGGAUCUUUUGUAAUACUUGGUUUGCAUAAAGAGAUGGAAUACAAUGUAUAAACAUGUAAUAGGUUCUGUAGUUCUAAUUUUCUCAUUUGCUUCUUCUGUAUAUUCUUCCAUCUCUAUUGAAUAAAAUAAAAGGUCUUCGUUCAGUGAUGUAACUUGUACAAGAUGCUGCUCAUUUGUUCGUUUGGGAAUGAAACUCAAUUGCUCAA